UUAGCCCAUUUACGCACUUUACUUUCCAUGUAAAUUAAAUUCAGUUUAAAUAUAUUUUCUUCGCGCUUUGCUACAAUUUAAUAUUCAGAUAUCGAUAAACGAUACCACACUUUACCAACUGAUAUCAAUUGCCGAUAGGGUCUCACAAAUCCUAUACUAUAAUGUACUUUAUUUAAUCCCAAAGUUUUUUGUGAUUGUGAUAAAUUGGAAAUGCCCGGAUGCGCUGAAUCUAGCCUGAAAACGCGCCACAGGGAUGUGGGAUUCUGCGACUGAAGCCAUCGGAGCAGCCUCUCUCCUCCCAGCCGUCGAUUAGUGCUGAUCUGGGCGGUUGUUUCAGGGCUCUUAUUGAUUUUUACGGUUUCGGAAGUGAUACGCAUUUCCCCGUCUACCGAUCUUCCCCGGAAACUGCGUCGCAGGAGAUUCUAGCAUGACUGUGCAGUGUUAGGCGGCCGAAAAGGGUAGAAGCCAGAGCAAUGGGCGGCUCCGUGAGCCAGGUGUUCCGCUCCGGAUCCGCACUCCUCUCGCAUCGCGACGGGAAGCUGUCCAAGGCCACCGAGGAGACCAUACAGACGUUGUUCGACAUCCUGCGCGCGAACCCGAAGGUUUCCCUGCAGACCCUCGAGAGCCUGCUCAUCCAGAUCCCAAAGAACGAGAACAUCUUGGCCAUGCAUGACGACUAUGGCUACAACAUCUUACAGCGCAGCGUCGGCCUCAACCACAUAGAUCUCACAAAGUGGCUGCUGCAUCGCCACCGCCCAGACGUUAAUCGCUCGCCCUGCUCCCUGCCCCUGCACAUUGCCACUCUGCGUGGCUAUGAGGAGUGCGUGGAGUUGUUGCUCCGGCACGGCGCACGUAUCGACGUGGACACACGGAUGUGUUUUCCUGGCGCCCAUACAAGAAAUUGCGAAGAGAGCGGCAAGUGGCACAACAACGUGGACGACGUCAGCGAGCGGCUUAAUACAAAGCUACAGAACGCGCUCUUCUACGCAAUCGACGGGGAUCAGUACAACGUUCUAAGUCUUCUCACCCAAAAGAUGGAGGAGCCGUGGAUUCCCUUCCGCGUAAAGAAGCCGCUGCUGCACUUAGCCUGCGAACGCGGCGCCUGGAAUUGUGUCCAGCAAUUGGUGGUCACCCGCUCUGAGGAAAUCAAUCUAAUCAUGGACGAGUAUUACCCGAUUCACCAUGCCGUGCUUCAUGAUGGCCGCUUUCUAGAGCUACUCAUUCACCAGGGUGCAAUUACAACUGUACGCACCUGCACCCAACAGAUGACCCUGCUGCAUGUGGUUAUUUUUGCUGCUCGUAAGUCUGCUGAAGACACGUUGGCCACUCUGCGCAUACUGCUGGAACGGGGAUGCAAAGAGCUAAUCAACGCACCAGACUCGUUGGGAAACACUCCACUGCACGCCCUGAUAGUGCGCUAUGCCCUUGAGGAAGCCCGCUACGGGUACGACAAGUGGAGCAAGUGGGACGUGUUGCACCUAGUGCGAUUUCUGCUGCAGAACGGGGCCAAGCAAUCAAUCAACCAAGCGGGGAACAGUGCCAUGGCCUGUGUGUUUAGACACCUGCGAGACUGGGAAGUCUGCUACGAACUGCUCAGCAUGCUUAUCAAGGAGAAUGGAGACCCCAACAUCGUAGGGAGGGAUGGCUCUGUGCCCAUUAUGGUUCUGCUAGUGCCAUUAAUUAAUAAGGAUCACCUGCAUCAUUUCACGCACUCAAUGAAGGUCUGCUAUCUAAACUGCAUUCGUAUGUUGCUGCAGCACGGAGCGAAUCCCAAUUGCUCCUAUCGCGCCAACCUUAAACCACUGCACGUGCUCGUGUUUACGGUUAGCGAGAACUUUACGCUUAAUUGUGAUGCACAGAAGCGCACAAACUUCGACUUCAUCAAGAACAUCCUCUUGAUGCUGCUUCAGCACGGCCUGGACUGCAAUAAGACAUAUCAGCAUAUUCUGCAGGCGGUGAUGGACAUGGUGCACAAUGUGCGCACCUGCCACGACAUGGAGUGCGUCUACGAGCUGACUCUGACACUGAUCCAGUACGGGGCCGACCCCAAUAUAGUGCUCAGCGGAAAGUCCACGCCCGGCACCGCCAUCUUCUCCAACGAGCUAGCUACCUUCCGCAGUUCCUUUCGCACCAACUCAUGCUACCUGCUUUUCUACUACAUCAUCCUGAUCACGAAGAAGGAGUUCAUCCUGAACGAUCCGCAAGCGACAUAUACGCGUGUCAUCCACCUCUUCUACCUGACUAUGCACCACGAGCCGCUCUUCAAUUGCCUCAAGUCCCUGCACAACUUUUACGUGGCACAGGUGCCCAGUAAGAAGACGGAGCAGCUGAUUGCCUUGAUCUCGUCCCUCUACCGUCGGCCGCGCAGUCUGAAGCAGCUUUCCCGCUGGGCCAUCUAUGAGGCGAUGAACCGCAAGCUGGCCCAAAACAUCAACUGCCUGAACCUGCCUGGCCCGCUCAAAGACUACGUGCUGCAGUUCGAGAGGUAGCGAGUGGAGCGGCCGAAGGACCAAUGAAUCCCAACCGCAGCGAACUAGAGUCAAUCACUACUGUUGCCCCUAGGCUAUGUAAUGUUUAAUAUGCAUAUUCGCCUACCCCAGUAGGUAUGUAGUUACGCAAUAAUUACGAACUAUCAGGCCUGUUCCGGGUUGGCCCAUCAUAGCUUAACGAUCAGUUCUGAAAUGACUGAAUUUACUUUGAUAUCAAACGCGGAUAGUAAUGUAUACUUUUUGUUAUAAUACCUAAAUAGAUCGCAAAAUUUUGUUAAUUUAGGGCCAAAUGAGAUACGCUUGAACCGAAGCAGUUGCGAAUGAGAUAUGAUACAACUAGAUAAAACUUGAAACACACACAAGAAGCCAAUUUAAAUAUUGUCAAAUCAAACAUGUGCAAUUUCUUUGAUACGAAUCUAUAGAAACUAUUGUGAGGGAGACACGCUGAUCUAUGUUUUAUAAUUCUAUACGUACAACUUUGUGAACUGUAAUGCGCUUUACACUAUACAAGCACAUCCCAUCCCGCACCUAUUGGCCCCUCACCCUCCCAGUCACCAAUCCCUCAUGCUGCGUAAGUUAUAGGACAUAAACUUAAGGCUGUUUUUUGACGAACAUUUCGGGUGUUUUAGAAUUUUGUAUAUUCGAACGCAAUCGGAGGAGCGAGACGUUAUGUAAUUAUUAUUGUAACUAUUACUAUUGUUGCUAAACUGUUGUUAAUCUCUGUAUCUAUAAUGUCAUUUUCAAUCGAAUUGAUAACGCUAUCGAUCAAUAAAUAAACAUAAACUUUAA